AGGGCGCUCGGGCUCACUAGGGUGGCGGGUGCCCCUAGAACAUCACAAUGCCGAAGCAAGAGGUCGGCUCCACAAAAUGGCUUGGCAACAAGAUGAAGGCCAAAGGGCUGCAAAAGCUGCGAUGGUACUGCCAGAUGUGUCAGAAACAAUGCCGAGAUGAGAAUGGUUUCAAAUGCCACCGCAUGUCAGAUGGACACCAGCGGCAGAUGCAACUCUUUGUUCAAGACCCCAAUCGCUUUAUGGACGAGUUUUCCCAGGAGUUCGAGAGGGGCUUCAUGCAGCUGAUGAGUCACACCUACAGAUCACAAAGAGUCUUGGCCAACACGGUUUACUGUGACUUCAUCUCCAACAGGCACCACACGCACAUGAACUCCACCAUUUGGGUGACACUCAGUAACUUCGUCCAGUACCUGGGCAGAACGAACCAGUGCACGAUCGACAAGACACCCAAAGGCUGGUACAUCCAGUACGUGGACAACUCUCCAGAAGCGCGCAUGAGGGCAGCCGCACAGAAGGCCGCGGAGGAGCUUGAAGUUUCAUCUGAGCGGCGGCAUGCAGUCCAGUUGCAAAGGGCAAUCGAGGAGUGCAAGAAGGAUGGCGGCUUCCAAGACUCCGAGUUCACAGAGUUGCAGCGGAAGGAGGGGGAUGCUCCAAUUGCAUUCAAUAUGCCUGCGGGAUCCUCUUCCGCUGCAAGCGCGCCUUCCAAUGCAGCCAAAGCAGCUGUGGUGACUGAAAGCGAGAAGAAGAAUGUUUUGGCUGAAGCAUUUGAAGAGCAUGAGUCGAAAAGUAUUCAGGAGGGAAACACACGGAAGCUGAGCGCCGUUGAGAAGAUCAAGCUGGAGCACGAAGACGCAAAGAGGCGGAAGCUUCAGCAAGAAGCUCCUGAAGCACCUGAGUCGCCUUCUGAAAGUUCCUCCUCAGGCAAUGAACCGUGGCUUUGCGAAGGAAUCAUCGUGAAGGUUAUGCAUCAGGAGUUGGCAGGAGGAAAAUACUACCGCAAGAAGGGCAAGGUUGAGCGCGUGCGUCAGCAAUUUGCGGCUGAGAUCAGGAUGGCGGAGGGCAGGGAUCUCAUCCGCUUGGACCAGGAAAUGCUGGAGACGGUAAUUCCGAAUCUUGGCAAGCCGGUCAUGGUGGUGAAGGGACAGUACGCGGGCAAGAGGGCCCGAAUGAGGUCAGUAGACCUGGAGGCCUUUUGUGUGUCCAUCGAGUUUGAGGACAUGGCCGCGUGGUCGAGGGCUUGCGCUAUGACCAGGUGUGCAAGAUCGACGAGUAGGCCAUGUUGAGCACAGAGCCGUUUCACCUCGCCCGUCGCUAGAAAA